UUCGCGGCUGUUUGCGGAACUAAUCACCGUUUACUGUAUUCUCGUUUCAGACCAAGGAAAGGGGAAAGAGGAUAAGAGACUUCACAAAUGCCGAGAACACCGGGAACUUUUCCUUUUUGAAAACGUUCAGCGUUCAGCUUCGUGGCAGCCACUGCAUGCGCAAAUGCACGCUACUUCGAAGAGCGAUUUAAGCUGUCAAAGUCUCGGUACAACUCGCACUUCAGUUCAGACGCAUGGUAACAGUCAACUGAUACUGUUUCAACAACUUUUCCGCUCUAACCUGAAGCACCCUGAGGAGGAGAAAAACGUUGUAUGUACGUGCAUGGGUGAAUCUGGUCAUUGCAGUUGCAGCUUGAUGUCAAACCUGGAAAUACGACGGAACACGAGAAAGUGUCACUGAAUCAAAACAUGCGAACCCCUGGCUGAAGGCAAUUUUAACAUAAAGUAUUCCUGUAACUCUACAUGUAAUCGUUCGUAUGUUUUCAUUAGAAUUCGUUUAUAUUCAUAUUUGCUGAGGGAACGUAUUAGACCACGCCAGCAUACUUAGCGAGAGGCGAAAGACGGUGAACGCAGCUGGAGUGAGUCGGGGUUGCAGACAACUGCAUCUCCCGGGAUGGUGCGCCUGUUCAACUGCCUCCUUCUCGGGUACUUAACGUGGAAUCUGCGGAUAUCUGACGCUCAGGGGGAGUACUGCCACGGCUGGCUGGACAGCAAUGGGAAUUACCACGAGGGGUUUCAGUGUCCUGAGGACUUCGACACCAUGGACGCGACCGUGUGCUGCGGGUCCUGCUCGCUCCGAUACUGCUGCGCAGCCGCGGACGCCCGGCUGGAUCAAGGCAGCUGUACCAAUGACAGAGAGCUGGAAAACACGGAAUUUGCAGCACAGCCGGUGUACGUGCCCUUCCUGAUGGUGGGUUCCAUCUUCGUGGCGUUUGUGGCGGUGGGCUCUCUGGUGGCGGUGUACUGCUGCACCUGCCUGCGGCCCAAGCAGCCGGCCCAGCCGCCCGCCCGCUUCUCCCUGCGCAGCUUCCAGGGCGAGACCAUCCCCAUGAUCCUGACGGCGGCCCCGCCCACCCUGCGCUCCCCGUCCCGCCAGUCCAGCUCGGCCACCACCAGCACCAGCUCGGCCGGCGGCGGGGGCUCCGUGCGCCGCUUCUCCCUGGGACGGGGCGACGUGGCGCAGGGGGCGGGGCAGGGGGCGGGGCAGCAGGGGCCGGCGGCUGCCAGCGCCCCCUCGUCGCCGUCCUCCCCUCAGCCCGCCCUCCCGCCGCCCCCGCUGCCCCCGCGGUACACCGCCCCGCCCUGCGCGCACCCGCACCCGCACCCGCACCCCCCGCUGCAGCUCCACCAGCCCCUGCACCCCUCCCAAAGCCCUGCCUUCCUGCUCCCUCAAACGUACUUCCCCUUCCCCCUGCAGACCGACCCCUUCUCUGGGGGAAAGGGCUUUGGGGAUUUCGGGCAGAGCUGA